AUGUUCGUCAACAUAACGAGGCCAAGAUCAAGUGGUCGUGCAUCUUUUGAAAGUGCCGAAGAUCAGGAAGACUCAGCGGGAUAUUCCUCAGUUCAAUCCAAAGUUUCCGCUAUAGCACAUUCAAUUUUUCAGCCUCAAAAGCGCGAACAGAAAAUCCUUGCUGGUCUGAAUCUGGAGCAACUGCAGAAGGUUGCUGCGCUUGCUCAGCAAGGAGCUACUGGCACCUUCACUUUUGACACAGUAUUGGAGCAUGAACGAAAGAAGAACAACUUGAGGACUUCCUUGAUGAAAUCUAAAUUCUAG